GUAUUCCUUUUCGAAUAGUUAGCGUUGGCAUCAUCAUCCAAAAUUCCCAAUUCCUCUCGGACUUGAGACCCUGAUCAUAGAUCAAUAACAAUUUUGAAGAGAGAGAAACCGACAUUAAGGAAUGAAGAUCACGGCGAUUGUGGUUCUGAGAUGCGGGUCGAGCGAAGAAAACCCGAUUAUCUUAGCAAAUGCGUCGGAUGUGAGCACAUUCGGAUACUUUCAGAGAUCCAGCGUUCGUGAAUUCAUCGUCUUCGUCUCUCGUACUGUUGCCAAACGCACCCUUCCUGGACAACGUCAAUCUGUCCAACACGAAGAAUACAAGGUGCAUGCUUACAACAGAGGGGGCCUUUGCGCGUUGGGAUUUAUGGAUGACCCCUACCCAGUUCGAAGUGCAUUUUCGCUGCUAACCAAGGUGUUGGAUGAAUACCAAAAUACGUUUGGCGAUUCAUGGAAGGGUGUAACUUCAGACAGCACACAACCAUGGUCUUACUUGAAUGAGGCUUUGGCCAAGUACCAGGACCCAGCUGAAGCUGAUAAGCUGUUGAAGAUUCAAAGGGAGCUGGAUGAAACUAAGAUUAUUCUUCACAAAACUAUUGAUAGUGUCCUAGAACGUGGUGAAAGGUUGGACAGCUUGGUAGAAAAGAGUUCAGAUCUUAGUGCUGCAUCACAGAUGUUCUACAAGCAAGCGAAGAGGACCAACUCAUGCUGUACAAUAUUAUGACUCUUCAAUGAGACUAAUGUCUGGACAUUUCAACAUACAAGCGUGGAGACGAUGAAGAAUGGGUACUCACAUGUGUUUAUACAAAUCACCUAAUAUAAUUUCUGGAAUGAAAUUCAUAAAAUUCAUUUUAACAUUUUCGCCCUUUUUCCAGGAUUAAACUAUUGUAGUUUAUACGGUAUAGUCAUAAGAUGUCAUGUGCAUUUCCACAUUCUGAGAUGGAUUUAUAGUUGUUUGUUUGUAGUA